CAGUCAUUGUUGGUCUAGUAUUGGAAGAAAAAAACACGUCUACAAAAGUCGGCCAGUUGCUGUGGGCAGCAGUGACACUACACAGACUGGAGUAUUAUGAAUAAGAAAAAAACACGAACAAUUUCUUCAGGCAAGACAAGACUGCUCAUGCGCUCCCAUGAUUCACCACCUCAGCUCGCAGAGAUGCUGCUGACAAUGCGACUCAUGAAGAGAAAACGCACUGGUUUGCUGCAGAAGACGUAAGGAAUCGAAGGCCGUCGCUUGGCUGACCAGACCACUUGUCCUCGGGAACAUAAUACAUCAUCAGAAUACCUGGCGUUGAAUUUAUCUCUGUCAUUAAUUCAGGUUGGGUGAGUGCCACCGGUCCAACAAGGACAAGUGUUCUUACAUUUCUACAUAAUCUUAUCCUUGCGUAAUUUUAUACCGAGUUUUGGAUGCGGCGCGGAGCAGUGUGUUGUCAGGAUCUGGGAGCAAGGAACGAUUUCUCCAGCGCUCUCUUCUUUUCGCCCUGCAUCCCACUUCUUGUCUUUACAUUGGAUAGACUAUUACUGUAAGGGACUAAAACGAGGUGCAAAUUAUAAACAGACGUGUCCGAUUUGGUAGCGGAUGGAUUUAAUUUCAGAAAAUGGCUUAAUCUGAUCUGACGUGAAGACCUCAAUUAUGCGAUGCCAGGGAUUCCACCAGCUGCUGCUCCAUGCUGUGUAGGAAGAGAACUAUAAUACAGGAAGUUCUGCUCCUUAAAUAACAACAACACACCAACAACUAGCAUGUUGCCUCCACACAGAGCAGAUGCCCUGCCAGAGCCCUCUCCAUCUGCCUCUCCAUCUGCCUCUGCCUCUGCCUCUGCCUCUCCCUCUCCCUCUCCCAGCCUGAGGAGGGUCCAGGUUCAAUGGGCCUUGUACCUCUCCCUGGCCCUCCUCUGGUACCCGUCUGGGGCGGUAGCCUCAACCCUCAACUGCCACAAGACCUGCAUCUGUGCCAGUAAUAUCGUGAGCUGUUCCAAGAUGAACCUGACUACAGUGCCCACUGGCCUGCCUCUCUACACGGCCGUCCUGGACCUCAGCUACAACGACGUCUCCCGGCUGAGGGCUGAGUGGACCACAGUGAAACUCACCAAACUCCACAACCUCCUACUCAGUCACAACGGCCUUCACUUCCUCUCCUCCGAGGCCUUUGUCUACGUCAAACACCUGCGCUACCUGGACCUGUCCUCCAACGACCUGCGACAGCUGGACGAGUUCAUCUUCGAACCGUUGGGGCAGCUGGAGGUGCUGUUGCUGUACAACAACCGUAUAUCUCAGAUUGACCGCUCAGCCUUCCAGGGUCUCCACAGCCUGCAGAAACUCUACCUGUCCCAGAACAUGAUCUCACGCUUCCCCCUGGAACUGGUCAAGGACAAGACCCGCCUGGAGAAACUCAGCCUGAUGGACAUCUCCUCCAACAGGAUCAAGGUUCCACCCAUUGAGGAGCUGCAGGUGCUGCCUGCCUGGAUAAAGAACGGCCUCUACUUCCACAACAACCCUCUGAUCUGUGACUGUAGCCUAUACAGUCUCCUGGCCCACUGGCACAUCCGCCGGCUCAACUCAGCCCUGGACUUUAAAGAUGAGUACAGCUGCUAUCUCCCCGGGUCCCAGAAAAGCAGGGUGGGGGUCUUCGACCUGAACAGAGACUACAUGAACUGUAGUACGUUCUACGAGGCGGACGAGGAAGCUUGGCUGGAACAGACGCUGAUCUUGCGCUGUGAUACUAAACACAGAGAUCUGUCUAAGACCUGGGUGAUGCCUGGUGAUGUAGUGGUGAUGGAAGGCCUUAACCAGACAACCAAGGUGCUUCCUGACGGUAGUCUCCAGAUCGGCCCGGUGAAGCCGGAGGACUCGGGGACGUACACAUGCUACGCUGUGAGCGAAAACCUCAACGAGACGCUCUACGUGCUGCUCAAGGUGCAUAACUUCACGGAGAACGGCAACGGCGAAGCCCUGAACACGGCCUACACCACCCUGGUGGGCUGCCUGACCAGCGUGGUCCUAGUGCUCAUCUACCUGUACCUGACCCCCUGCCGAUGCUUCUGCUGCCCCAAGAAGAACCACGAGGACUCCAUCCACUCCUCCAUGCUCAGCACCACACCCAGCCAUGAGGACCUGGUCAACAACACUGACCCAAGGCACGUGGCCUUCAUCGACCCCAAGGAGCUGGGACAGGGGCUGAACGGGAAGGUGAACCCCAACGAUGGGGAGGGGGACCAGGGAGAGAUGGAUGAGGAGGGAGGGUUACUGGGGAAGGGAAGGAGGAAGAAGUCUGUGGCUGAGUCUAUUAGUUCUGUCUUCUCUGACACCCCCAUAGUGGUCUGAGAUGGUACGGACCGUCGAUUAUGGAUGUACGCCGUGACGUGAUUGGAUGGAUCAGGGAUGUACGUGGUGUGAUUGGAUGAAACUGUGACUACUUCCUUGGACAGAAAGCCAAUCACAGUUCACUAAACCGACCAAUCAGAAGCUUCAGGGGAGUGUUAACACAUUGCCUUGGUAUUAACAAGGACAACUGACAAUAAACAGGACCUUUCCCCAGCAUUUGAUCUGUAGCACUUAAAAUAUACAUACUGUGAAAGCCUGACAGAGGAGUCCCACUGGGCACACACUGGUUGAAUCAACGUUGUUUACGCGUCAUUUCAAUGAAAUUACUUUGAACCAAUGUGGACUAGACGUGGAAUUGACGUCUGUGCCCAGUGGAGUGUAAGAGGACACUAUUCCUUCCUGUGGCACAGUAACGGUGGAUAUCGUGUUGGACGGUAGCAGUACUCAGGAAGACAUUGAUUGGUGGAGGACAGAAAAUAUGAGAUUGUGAGCCAUUUUAAACAUUGAGAUUUAAUUUAAAAAAAAAUUGAGAUGAAUAAAGUUUGGAAAAGAACAUAGUUCGUACAUAUAUAUAUAUAUAGUCAAGUCAUGAGCAUGAACCCUGUAGACUGACUCAUAUUUCUAUUUACUAAUAGGAGUAGACUAGCGUGAGUCUUCUGUAGACUUUAAUACAUACAGAACAUACGGUAGCUAUACACAUAGAAAUAGAAUGACUUUAUAUUACUUCCUGGCAUGGGUACAUUCAUUAUGGCCACCGGGCCACCCAUCACAGAACAUUGACUUGGAUGGGAAUGUCGCUUCUAAUAAUUAUAUUUCUAUGCAUAUACCCCUCCACCCCCACAGACAGACAGACAGGCCAGAGUUGGCCAAAUACAACAACAUGGUCACCAGAUUCAGAGUUGGCCAAAUACAACAACAUGGUCACCAGAUUCAGAGUUGGCCAAAUACAACAACAUGGUCACCAGAUCCAGAGUUGGCCAGAUACAACAACAUGGACACCAGAUUCAGAGUUGGCCAGAUUUGGCCAAAUACAACAACAUGGUCACCAGAUUCAGAGUUGGCCAGAAACAACAACAUGGACAUCAGAUUCAGAGUUGGCCAAAUACAACAAAAUGGACACCAGAUUCAGAGUUGGCCAGAUACAACAACAUGGUCACCAGAUUCAGAGUUGGCCAAACAACAACAUGGUCACCAGAUCCAGAGUUGGACAAACACAACAGCAUGGACACCAGAUUCAGAGUUUGACAAACAACAACAUGGACAUCAGAUUCAGAGUUGGCCAAACACAACAAAAUGGACACCAGAUUCAGAGUUGGCCAAACACAACAACAUGGACACCAGAUUCAGAGUUGGACAAACAACAACAUGGUCACCAGAUUCAGAGUUGGACAAACAACAACAUGGUCACCAGAUUCAGAGUUGGACAAACAACAACAUGGUCACCAGAUUCAGAGUUGGCCAAACAACAACAUGGACACCAGAUUCAGAGUUGGCCAAACAACAACAUGGUCACCAGAUUCAGAGUUGGCCAAACAACAACAUGGACACCAGAUUCAGAGUUGGACAAACAACAACAUGGUCACCAGAUUCAGAGUUGGACAAACAACAACAUGGACACCAGAUUCAGAGUUGGCCAAACACAACAACAUGGACACCAGAUUCAGAGUUGGACAAACAACAACAUGGACACCAGAUUCAGAGUUGGACAAACAACAACAUGGACACCAGAUUCAGAGUUGGCCAAACAACAACAUGGACACCAGAUUCAGAGUUGGCCAAACAACAACAUGGUCACCAGAUUCAGAGUUGGACAAACAACAACAUGGACACCAGAUUCAGAGUUGGCCAAACA